UAACCAUUGAGCCACACUACAACCCUUCGAGGCAGGUUUUGCUUUACAGAUGGGAUGAUGAGAGGCAGCGCAAGAAACUUGCUCAAGUUCAAACAAGAACCGCAGAGAGGGUCAGUGAGCUUCCCGAGACCACACAGCACGCGAGCGGCCCAGCCAGGACGAAGCCCAUGCUUCUCUCCCCCGGUCCUGCCCAGACGCCCGCUUCUGCAGCCCAGGAGAGGUGGGAGGGGUCCCUGAGGAAGCAGAUGGGUGGGGGAGGGGAGAGAGCAGGCGGCAGGCCACGUCUGCAGCCAGGGGGGCUUCCGGGGGCUCCCGCAUCGCCCCUGCGGCGGAUGCGAUGACGCCAGUGCCUGCGUCAAGGGCGCGGGUGGAGCGGCACUGCGGCACUGCGGCACUGCGGUGCGCUCCACUGCCGCGCUCGGCGUCCGUGCCGCGGGAGCUGGGCGAGCGGUGCCGCCGGCCGCCGCCGCCAACCUUUGUUCCUGCGCCAGGACCGCCGCCCGGAGCCACCGGCCGCAGCUGACCACCGGUGCCCGGGGUGCGCCAUGAAGUCCUCUUGGCGCGGGGGCGGCUCGGGUGGCCGCUGGGGUGGCGGCUGGGGCGGAGGACGAGGCAGGGGAGGCUACGGCGGUGAUGGAGGUGGCCAGGGCGGCAAGGGCAGCUACGGCUCGCGGGGCCGUACCUUCAGCCGGGGCCGCGGGCGCGGUGGCGGCGGCGGUGGAGGCGGCGGCGACAGGAGCAGCUGGGACCGCAGCGGUGGCUGGGACCGUGGCGGCGGCGGCAGCAGCAGCGGUGGCGGCGGCGGCGGCUGGGAUCGCAGCGGCGGCUGGGACCGCGGUGGCAGUGGCGGCGGCGGCGGCGGCGGCUAUGGUGGCGGCGGCGGUGGCUACGGCGGCGGCGGCGGCGGCGGCGGCUACGGUGGCGGGCGGCGCGGCGGCAAGAACAAGAACCGCCGCAAGAAGGGGAUGAGGGUCGUGACGGUGGAGCCGCACCGGCACGAGGGCGUCUUCAUCUACCGCGGCAUGGAGGACGCGCUGGUCACGCUGAAUAUGGUGCCCGGCCAGUCGGUGUACGGCGAGCGGCGGGUCACGGUGAACGAGGGCGGCGCGAAGGUGGAGUACCGCACCUGGAAUCCCUUCCGCUCCAAGCUGGCCGCGGCCAUCCUGGGCGGGGUCGACCAGAUCCACAUCAAGCCCAAGUGCAAGGUGCUGUACCUGGGCGCCGCCUCGGGCACCACGGUCUCCCACGUCUCCGACAUCAUCGGCCCCGACGGCUUGGUCUACGCGGUCGAGUUCUCGCACCGCGCCGGCCGCGACCUGGUCAACGUCGCCAAGAGCCGCACCAACAUCAUCCCGGUCCUGGAAGAUGCCCGGCACCCGCUCAAGUACCGCAUGCUCGUGGGGAUGGUGGAUGUGAUCUUCGCAGACGUGGCUCAGCCCGACCAGUCCCGCAUCCUGGCUCUGAACGCCCACACCUUCCUGCGCAACGGGGGCCACUUUCUCAUCUCCAUCAAGGCCAACUGCAUCGACUCCACCGCGUCGGCCGAGGCGGUGUUCGCUUCGGAGGUGAGGAAGCUGCAGCAGGAGAAUUUGAAGCCCCAGGAGCAGCUGACCCUGGAGCCCUAUGAGCGAGACCACGCCGUGGUGGUCGGCGUCUACCGGCCCAUCCGGUCCAGUUCCAAGAGCCGCAGCAGCAAGUAGAGCCCCGCCGGGACUGCCCCUGAGAGAUCUCCCCCAGACCUUGCCGCCUUCAGUGUUACCAUGUCUGUGUUUUCUUUGUGUGCUGUUUUGCUCUCCUUCGCUUAACUAUUAAAUGGCAUAAAGAAACGGUA